UGUCACAUGACACACAGUGCCAGGUCACUCAUAAGGGGUCUGCCAAAUCUCGAGGAGGGCAGAGAGACCCCCUUCUUCUCUUUCUGUAUAGUCAGUCAUCCAUGCCAAGCCAGUGGCUCAAUAGAGUUGUCAUCGCUGUCUCAUAUGCCUCUUACACCUCCUGCUGAGCCGGACCCGGAGCAAAAAAUGAACUGGGCCUCAUUUUAUGCUGUCAUCAGCGGCGUCAACAGACACUCCACGGGAAUCGGUCGCAUCUGGCUCUCCGUGCUCUUCAUUUUCCGCAUCUUAGUCCUGGUGGUUGCAGCAGAGAGCGUGUGGGGGGACGAGAAAUCUGGCUUCACCUGCAACACCCAGCAGCCGGGCUGCAACAGUGUGUGCUACGAUCACUUCUUCCCCAUCUCUCACAUCCGCCUGUGGGCCCUGCAGCUCAUCUUGGUAUCCACUCCUGCCCUUCUGGUCGCCAUGCACGUGGCCCACCGGCGGCAUGUGGACAAGAGGAUCUACAUGCUGUCAGGGAAAAGCAACCCCAAAGAACUUGAGCAGAUUAAGAGCCAAAAGGUGAAAAUCACCGGCGCCCUCUGGUGGACAUAUGUCAUCAGCCUGCUAUUCCGGGUCGCCUUCGAGGUGACCUUUAUGUACGUCUUUUACAUGCUCUACCCCGGCUACAAGAUGAUCCGUCUGGUCAAGUGUGACUCAUACCCUUGUCCCAAUACGGUGGACUGCUUCGUAUCCCGGCCCACUGAGAAAACCGUUUUCACCGUGUUCAUGCUGGCCGUGUCGGGCGUUUGCAUCCUACUCAACAUCGCAGAGGUCGUCUUCCUGGUGGGGAAGGCCUGCGGCAAGCACCUGCACAAUGCUGGAGACUCAAGCAUGGGAGCUUGGCUCCACCAUAAGAUUACAGUAGGGAAAUAAAUCUCUUAGAAAUGUCAAAUACUAGUUAUCAUAGAGUUAAUAGCCAAAUAUUAACACUAUGAAAAGUGCAAUAUAUACGUAUGUAUAUUUUGGUCAUUAAAAGUAGACCAUGAUGUAUAUAAUAACGCCAUUAAAAGAGAGAGAGACUUUUAUUGGAUCUCAUUAUAUGGUGCAGGCAUACCAUUCUAAUAGUUUAACAAAUAAAAAACUUAAGAUAAAUAACAUAUCAGGCCUCAUUAAGUUUAAUUACAGUUGGUGCACAUGAGCCUGCAGAAGUCCUUAAGUGACUUCUCAAAUAGAUUUUUUUUGUCAUGGUGUGCAUUGAAUUAACUGAAUAUUUUUUUAUUUGUAUUAUACAUACAGUGUCAAUAUUUUGCUUUUUUUCUGCCAUAAAUUGUCUACAGUGUACUGAAAUGUAAUAAAUAUCUUCUGUCUAACUGGUAAUAAAAUAGACAUAAAUGCACAGUAACCAUACAAUGCAACACAUUCAUUCUAACUGACAGUGUUUUUAUUCAUAUGUAUGUUAGGUAAAAGAUCCCUUUGAGGAUAAAUAUGAAGCAGUAAGUCUUUCCCGCCAAUAGAGUCCAGAAUAAAGUCCACCAUUCUUUGUGUGAUCUUCCAAAAUCGCUGUUUAUCUGUGCUUUCUGAGAAGGAGAGAAAAAAAUAAAAACGAAUGGCAUGUUG